AUUGACUUCAAGAAGAAGAGUUGUUAUAUUUGGAUUGGUCCUAAUUAUCGGAGAUGCCAAAAACAGGUUUCCUCGAACGCCUUCAAAAUGGUGAGGCAAUCAUUUGUGCAGAAGGUUAUAUGUGGGAAUUAGAACGACGUGGAUUUUUAAAAUCUGGUGCAUUUACCCCAGAAAUAAUUCUUGAACAGCCAAAUAGAGUUAGAAAUCUUCAUGAAGAAUAUGUACACGCCGGAAGUGACGUGGUUGAAGCUUUUACUUAUUAUGGACAUCGUCAAAAAAUGAAAACUAUUGGUAGAGAAGAUGAACUCGAAACUUUGAAUCUCACAGCUUUAAAAAUAGCACGAGAUGUAGCAGACGAGACAAAUACACUAAUGGCGGGAAAUUUAUCAAACACCAACGUCUUUAAUCCAGACGAUCCCACAACGUAUGAUGUUGCAAGCCAGAUAUUUCAGGAACAAGUCGAAUGGGCUGUGAAAGGAGGAGCAGAUUUCAUCAUUGGUGAAACCUUCUGUGAAUAUAAAGAAGCUCAUUUAGCGCUAGAAGCUAUCCAAAAAUUUGGAAAUGGUUUGCCUGCUGUAAUUACUUUGGUACCAUAUGGCCCUGAUAGAACAACAGAUGAAUUGCCGUUUCCAGUAGCUUUACGUAAACUAGAAGAAGCUGGAGCAGCCGUUGUUGGUCUCAAUUGUGGACGUGGACCAGAAACUAUGUUACCUUUGUUGAAAGAAGUGAGGAAAUCUUGUAAGGGUCCCAUAGCAGCACUUCCGGUACCUUUCAGGACAACACCCAAAGAGAAAACAUUCCAGUCUCUGACAAAUCCGAAGACAGGUGAGCCUCUGUUUCCUCUCGAUAAUGAUACCACCCUGUGUUCUCGUUCAGAAGUCAGAAAGUUUGCUGAGGAGGCGAAGAAUAUCGGUGUACAGUAUAUUGGAUUAUGUUGUGGUAGUAGUUCAAAUCUACUGAGAGAAGUGGCUCAAGCUUAUGGAAGAUCUCCACCAACCAACAGAUAUACUCCAGAUAUGACCAAAAAUUCAUAUUUUUCUGGAAAUAUCUCUGGACAUGCCAAGAAAGUUUUUAGUUUUAUGAAAUGUCAAGUGGAAUAAAAUUCUGUAAAUUUUCAGGAACCUAAAGACGAUACUAUACCACAGGACGGUUUUGUCAUUUUGUUAGAUAUCAAGGAAACUGGACAAUAACCCUUGAUAUCUAUUUUGAUUAUCAAAUUUGCCCUAUGUGCACUUAUAUCAAUGUACUUAUACCUCGAUGUUACAGAAACUUUUAUAUAUGGUUAUAAAUAGACUGACAAAAUAUAUUUGUUCGAAUUGCACUUAUAUUAAGUGUGUUUUGCUUAUUGAUGGUAAAAGAAAGUUAUAAUAUAUACAUAUAGAAUAACACAAUUAUUUUGUCUGGUUUACACUUAUAUUAAGUGUAUUUUGUUUUGAUGUUGAUAGAAACUUAUUAUAGAAAUAAUAAAACAGAAUCUAAAAAA